AUGGCUGAUCCAGACCUUUGCGAUGAGACUUUCUCCAUCUGGGUUGCAUUUCUCAACGUCCUCGAUGCUGGUGAGAUCAUGGUUGUCAUCGAUCAGACUUUCGCCCUCAUUGUACAACAUUGGUCGUUGUUCUCUGAGGAAACACAGCUUCAAGCCAGCAAGACGAUCAUUGGUCUCACGCAGAAAUACGACACUCAGCUACGGGCGAGGAUUGAGUAUCUGCCCUCGCUCUCAAACAUAGCAAUGCUUUCGAAGACGGAAGGAGAACUGGUGCGGCUAAAGGCAAUGGUAGAUCCGAUCAAGAUCUUCCAAUCUUUCGGUAACCGCUGUAAAGACCAGAACGCGGUCGUUGUGCGUCAGGCGCUCAAGGAGCUCGUCCCGUACUUAGACGCCAACCAGAAGCAUCUUCACCAGUCACUCAUCAGUCAAAAACCGCUACCAGUCCUCGAGGCCCUGACCCGCUCUCUGCUAGAUGCAAGCAUACGAUUUAACGAGGAUCAUCAAGAUAUUACCACUAUGUGUGCGCAGUGUCUGGGUAUCAUCGGCGGUCUUGACCCCUACCGGGUCGAGAGCGUACGCGAAAAGAAGCGAGUGCUCAUGCUCUCAAACUUCUCGAAAAGAGACGAAGACAUCGAUUUCGUGGCGCUGCUACUUGAGCAAGUCCUUGUAAGGGUAUUUCUGUCUACAACCAAUGCGAAAGCACAAGGAUGGAUAGCGUAUGUCAUGCAAGAGAUGCUUAGGCACUGCGGAUUCAGUGCUUUGAAGCACACGCAGCCGCGUUCAUCGCAGAACAGCACCGAAGCACAACGCUGGAACGAAAUCCCUGAGGCUGUCCGGAAUGUUCUCACGCCAUUUCUCACUUCCAGAUACUCUGUCAAUCUCAAUCCGGGUCUCCGUUAUGAGGGUCCGCAGUACCCAAUUUUCAACAGCAGCACUAGUCAUGGGACCUGGUUGCAGACUUUUGUAUACGAUUUGCUACAGAAAGGUCAAGGCGUCAAUGUCGAAAUGGUCUUUCCAGUUUUAGCCCGUGUCAUCAGGGGCUACGAUCUAUCGAUCGCAACCUUCAUACUGCCAUUCGCAGCCUUGAACGUCAUUGUAUCUGAUGACGAAAAGAACAUGGAGAAUGUUGGGAGAGAGCUACUUACAGUGCUCCAAACAGAGAUACAUUCCCCUGAACAACCUGAUGCCACUCUGAUCAAGCAGUGUAGUGAGAACGUUUUCCAAACACUCGAUUACCUGUCCAUGUGGCUUCAGGAAAGGAGAAAGGCUGCAAACGAAGCACGAGCAAUGGCUGGCAAAACAGGUCGCGGCGUGUCCGAGGAAGAUGAGAUGAAUGCCAUCAAACAGAUCAGUCGCGUCGAAGGUGUCCUGCAACUUAUCCCGGCAGAGAUCAUCUCAAGACGGGCCGUCGAAUGUGGAUCUUACGCACGCGCUCUUUUCCACUGGGAACAGUACAUUCGCCAGCAACAACAGGUCAAGGGUAACGGCAAACAAUGGUUUGCCGAAAAGGAUGAGAUGCUGCAACAUUUGCAGAUGAUAUAUGCGCAGAUUGAUGAGCCCGACAGCAUCGAGGGCAUAUCAGCUCACUUGAGAGUACUCAAUCCGGAACAGCAGAUCAUUGAGGAUCGCAAAGCGGGGCGGUUAACAGCAGCUCAAAGCUGGUACGAGAUUGCUUUGGCUGAGAAGCCAAAUGAUACGGAGACGCAAAUCAAUCUUUUGAACUGCCUCAAGGAGUCAGGUCAAUAUGAUUCGAUACUCAACUAUGUGGAUGGUUUUCAUGCCUCCAACUCGUUGUCGAACAGCACACUGCCUUUUGCAGCGGAAGCGGCAUGGUCGGCUGGUAAGUGGCCACAACUAGAGCGCAUCCUAGGUUCUUCCCCAGCGCCAGAGAAGAUCUCCAUUCUCGACUUCAAUGUCGGUGUUGGACGUGCAUUGCUUGCUUUACGUCACAAAGAUAGUACUGCUUUCCAGGCAAUUAUUACAACGUUGAGAGAGGCGCUCGCUGCAGGACUGUCUCCGUCAACAACCUCUUCCAUACAGGCGUGCCAUGACCAUCUGGUCAAAUUGCAUGCUUUGUACGAGUUGGAAGCUGUGAGCGGCAUGACCUCGACAAUGCCACCGAAUCGCGAAGUCAUCCUCGAAAAUCUGGACCGGCGAUUAGACAUCAUCGGCGCUUACACUUCGGACAAGCAGUAUCUUCUGGGACCGACCGCAUGGCUGACUACCGGGAGACUUGCGCGCAAGGGCGAAACUUCACUGACUACUGCUUUCAAUUCCGUGAUGCAUGCAGAGAAGCUAGGAGAUACUGCGUCAAAGAUUGAAUAUUCCAAGUUGCUGUGGAAAGAGGGCCACCAUCGGAAGGCUAUCCAAAAUCUGCGUGGCGCAAUUGCGAGCAACGCUUUCGAACAACUUGAAGAUGUUGUGUCAGUCAACAUCUCCGUUACCACAGCAGGUCUACCCGAAGAACAUGGCAGCAAGAUCAAAGCAAACGCCCAGCUACUUCUAGCAAAAUGGUUGGAUCGAGCAGGACAGACGAAGUCAAUAGCUCUAAAGGAGGAGUACGCGGCGGCAGUCAUGGCAUAUCCUAGAUGGGACAAAUGUCAUUACUACCUCGGACGGUUUUAUCUCAAGCUAUUUGAGUCAGAGAAGCGACAACCGCUCACCAAGCAGAGCUCUGAAUAUUUGUCAGGGAGCCUCCUCAAGCUCGUCAUCGAGAACUUCAUUCGAUCAACCGUUUAUGGCACCAAGUACUACUACCAGACUUUACCCAAAAUCCUCACUCUUUGGCUGGACAUGGGCAUGGAAGUCAUGAACACUGCGCCGAGAACGACUCGUGACAAGGAGUUCCACGAUCACCGGGCUUCGUAUUUGAAGCACCUCAACGAAUACCUGAAGAGGUAUGCUGGGCAGCGAAUGCCGGCUUUUGCAUGGUACACGACCUUCCCGCAGAUCAUCACUCGUAUAAGUCAUCCCAACAAGAACGUUUGGGAGGCACUUCAGACGAUCAUCCUCCGGGUUGCAUCAUCAUACCCACAACAAGCAUUAUGGAGCCUGUUAGCUGUGCUCCACUCGACGCAAGACGACCGUCGUGGCCGCGGUACUACGGUGCUUCAAAAGCUACGUGAUGCAUCAAAGCGCAAGGGUGCCUCUGUUGACCUGAAGAAUCUGAUCAUUCAAGGUCAGCGCCUUACGGACGCGCUCUUGGCUGCUUGCGAUGCACCUGUAGAGCAACGCGUUGCCCAUGUGAGUCUAUCGAGAGACCUUGGCUUCAGUCAUAAGCUGGCUCCUAGCCAAUUGGUCGUUCCGAUCGAAGCAAAUUUGCUUCCAAACUUGCCUGCAACCAACGACAGCAAGAGCAUUCGAGCUCAUAAUCCGUUUCCACACGAUGCGAUCACUAUCAAUGCUUUCAUGGAUGACGUUCUGGUGCUUUCAUCGCUACAAAGACCCAGAAAGGUCAACGUGCGCGGCUCAGAUGGUCGGUCUUACGGUCUCCUCUGCAAGCCGAAAGACGACCUGCGGAAAGAUCAGCGCCUCAUGGAGUUCAACGCAAUGAUCAAUCGCGCCUUACAGAAGGAUAUUGAAUCCAGCAAGCGUCGUCUAUACAUCAAGACGUACGCCGUGACACCUCUCAACGAGGAAUGCGGAACCAUCGAAUGGGUCGAAGGGCUCAAACCCAUGCGGGACAUUAUCAUCAAGAACUACAGGCAACAUCAUGUUUCGAUUGACUAUACUGAGAUACGUUCGCUCCUUAAUGAGGCUUCGUCUACUCCUUCCAAAGUCCCCAUCUUCACCGACAAGAUCCUCGGCAAAUUCCAGCCUGUCUUGCACGAAUGGUUCGUUGAGACAUUCCCAGAGCCAGAAGCAUGGUUCGCCGCACGCCUACGCUACACACGCUCUUGCGCCGUCAUGAGCAUCGUAGGCCACGUUCUCGGCCUUGGCGACAGACACGGCGAAAACGUCCUACUCGAACAAGGCAACGGCGGCACCUUCCACGUUGAUUUCAAUUGCCUCUUCGACAAGGGCCUCACAUUCGAGAAACCAGAACUCGUCCCCUUCCGCCUCACGCACAACAUGGUCGACGCCAUGGGUCCACAGGGCGUCGAAGGCCCGUUCCGAAAAGCCGCAGAACUCACAUACAGUCUACUUCGCCAGCAUGAAGAUACGCUCAUCACGAUCCUCGAGACGUUUGUACACGACCCGACGGCAGACUUCUUGGGCAACAGGAAGAGGAAGAAAAUCGCCGGUGUGGCGGAUACGCCCCAGGAGGUACUGGAUAUAGUGCGCACGAAGGUUAAUGGCUAUCUAAAGGGCGAGUCUGUGCCACUGAGUGUUGAAGGGUAUACUGAUGCACUUAUUGCGUCGGCGAUGGAUCCGUUCAAUUUGGCGGCGAUGUAUAUCGGGUGGUGUGCUUUCUUCUAG